UAGACGGCGCGGGACCCAGAAGUUGGGUAGUUCGUGCGCUCGCCGGCCGCGCCCACCAUGCUCAAGCGCUGCGGCCGGCGAUUACUGCUAGGACUGGCGGGCGCGCUGCUCGCUUGCCUUCUGGUGCUCACCGCUGACCCACCACCCGCUCCGGUGCCCGCCGAGCGCGGCCGGCGCGCGCUGCACAGCUUAGUGCCCCCAGCGCUUGGUUUGGAGGCAGCGGCGGCGCCCCGAGUGCUAGCCCGCGAGGUGCACAGCCUGUCCGAGUACUUCAGCCUGCUGACUCGCGCGCGCAGGGACGCGGGGCCGCCGCCCGAUGGCAACCCCCGUCCCGCCGACGGCCACCCGCGGACCCCGGCCGAGCCACUGGUCCCCCGCGAUGUCUUCAUCGCGGUCAAGACCACCAGGAAGUUUCAUCGUGCGCGCCUAGACCUGUUGCUGGAAACUUGGAUCUCGCGCCACAAGGAGAUGGGUCGUGUCUUUUCUUCUAGACAUUCAUCUUCACCGACGGGGAGGAUGAAGUGCUGGCUAGGCACACGGGUGAGCCCUGGGCUUGGGGGGCUUGGGGCAAGGAGGGGGUGCCUUCUUUCAGAGCAAAUGUCCCUCCUUCCUCUUCUACAGUGGCCAAGGGGUCAGGGGCCGAGAGGCAAUGUGGUCAACACCAACUGCUCAGCUGCUCACAGCCGCCAGGCGCUGUCCUGCAAGAUGGCUGUGGAGUAUGACCACUUCAUUGAGUCCGGGAGGAAAUGGUUCUGCCAUGUGGAUGAUGACAACUAUGUCAACCUGCGCGCCCUGCUGAGGCUGCUGGCCAGCUACCCACAUACCCAAGACAUCUACAUUGGCAAGCCCAGCCUGGACCGGCCCAUCCAGGCCACCGAGCGUGUCAGUGAGAACAGGGUGCGUCCUGUUCACUUCUGGUUUGCCACUGGUGGGGCUGGCUUCUGCAUUAGCCGAGGGCUGGCGCUGAAAAUGAGCCCAUGGGCCAGCGGAGGCCACUUCAUGAGCACUGCGGAGCGCAUCCGGCUGCCAGACGACUGCACUGUGGGCUACAUUGUGGAAGCUCUGCUGGGCGUGCCCCUCAUUCGCAGUGGCCUCUUCCACUCGCACCUGGAGAACCUGCAGCAGGUGCCUGCCUCUGAGCUCCAUGAGCAGGUGACCCUGAGCUAUGGCAUGUUUGAAAACAAGCGGAAUGCUGUCCAUGUGAAGGGCCCCUUCUCAGUAGAGGCUGACCCAUCCAGGUUCCGCUCCAUCCACUGUCACCUGUACCCGGACACACCCUGGUGUCCCCGCACCGCCAUCUUCUAGCAGCCAUGGCUGAGACCCCUGUCCCUGGGUGCCCCUGGUAUCCAGAGGACCCAGGGACCUCUGUUGUGCUGCCCUGGCCUUGGCUCUAAAGCCCCCAGGGUCUCACUCCUGUGUGUGUGUCACAUGCUCACCAGGCAGCAGGCUGCCGACCAGUUCUGCUCCUUGAGGUUCCCUCUGGGCAGCUCUGUGUUGUUAUGAGGUUUGGAUCUCUGUUGCUCAGGGCUUCUCUGCAAGGAUAUGGGUUCCCCUCCUAACUGAGCAUGGGCCCUGGAGUCUUGAGCCAUGCUUGGAGCAGAGGAAGCUGAUUUGGGGGUGAGGCCUGCACCCCUUCUGGUAGUUCAGGCACUGCAUGUGGCUCUGAGUAACAGGAGCCACUGCCCAUCCCAGUGACCCCAGGAGUCCCCUGGUGGUUGUGCAGUUAGUGAACAGCCCUCUUGGGCUGGGGGCCUUCCCAGCCCCCUGAGAUCCUGCUUUGUCUCCCCUGAUUGGGGGAGUCAGAGCUGAGUAUUUUAUCUCCUCUCCAAAGUAGAGAGAAUGUCGCCCACAGUGGGCGUGCCUGUAAAUAUUGUGACAGUAUUUUUUUACUGUGCUGUUUUUGACAGAGGGUGGGUUAAGGGGAGGGUGUUGCAUGUUUUUUCGGGGUGGGGAGGGUCUUAUUUUAUGUUUUCUGUGGAUCAGAAAAAGCAGAAGCCAAACUUGGGAUCCCUUUGUUUGUAAAGCUGACCGGGGAAUGUCUAACCUGCUCUGUAUUUAUGUGUUCCAGUAUCUGGAAUCGCCCUCCCCUUUCCUCCCCAGACCACCUGGCUCAGUGUGGCUCACCUGGCCUUAGGGUGUGUCCUGCGUUCUGUGUUCUGUUUGCAAAGACAUAGCUAGGAAAGUGGAGGAUAAGGGAGAAGCUCUCAGGGAAUUGGAGUGUUGUUGCCAUGGUGAUGUCCUGUUGCUGUGAAUAAAGGUGCUCUUUGCAGCAGCCCAGGCUCUGGGUCCUGGCUUGAA